AUGGCAAGUGAGCAUGGGACGUACGUUAACGGCCGCAAGGUUCAUCAAGUUGAGCUAGAGCAUGGAGAUGAGAUCAGCUUUGGCCUUGGAAGAAACAUCAGGAUGGGAGGUAGCAUCCCUGACGUGGCCAUCAGAGCGUCGUUCCGGAUCGAGGAGGAACGGACGGGCCCUGAUGGGAAACCGAAGUACAAGAUGCUUGUGCUGUUGAAGUCAGUGACGGAAAUCUCAAACAAGCCGACACCGGGAGGGAAGGUUCUUUCUCCAGAGGCGGUCAAGAUUUUGUUGGAAAAGUUGGACUCGGUAAGAGCCGACGCAGACACGCCCUUAGACGAAGUGAUCGGACCGCAGACCGAAAGGAAGUUGGCGGCUGCAAACCAGAUGCUGGUGGAUGAAAGAAGCAGCUUCGAGAAGAGUUUGGCAAGAGAGGAAGAGCUGCGGAAGCAGCUGCAAGAGGCAGCCUACGUGCUGCGAAGCUCAGUCAAGAAACCCAAUCAUGAAAGAACGCAGAAAGACGGAGCUGGCGGAUUUUUUGUCUGCCCAUCUUGCGGGUGGAAAGAAGAUUCUGCCGACCAGUUGUCAAACGAGGUCAAGCCUGACACUAGGACUCGCCGACCCCUCCACAGCGCGACGAGGAAAGAGCAAAUUGCAGAUACUCCUGCAAGCUCGAACUUGUCUGUGACGGCAAGGUCAGAGGCGUCAGACGUGAUGUACUUCUCCGAGUGGACAGGAACUUCCACGACGUCCAACUCGAACUCCAACAGGAUCAAGAAGAUCCUCAAGUUCGACGAGUCUGCCAACAAGCUUCACGCAUACGAGGACACCAAGAGCCAGAGUCAGCUGCUGGAGGCCUCCGGGGCAGUUCAGAUCUCUGACAGCCACAUCUACCCUCCUCCCGACCUGCUCGCUCAACUCGACCAGGAGCUUGCCAAGUCAAGCAGCACCAGCUCUCUGCACUCCAUCGUGCAGAAGCUACGAACGCGAGACGAGCUGCGGGAAGACCCGCUGUCUCUCUGGAGCGUGCUGCUGUCAAGAACGCCGACGUUGAGCACGCCCGAGGGAGGCAGCCGUCAGAUCGACAUGCGGGACUUGAUAGUCUUCGGAAGGGUGUGGAAGGGGCUGAUGGAAGAGAGGUUGAGAUGUUAUCGCGCGGAGAUCGUCGAGAUGAGGAUGUGCGACUGGAACGUGCUGAAGAAGUACAUCGACCUCGGCCUCAACAAGAAGGGCGAGCUGAUCGCCCAGAUGCGAAGCUUCGACCCCCUGGCUGCGGGCGACGAGCUCUCUGCUCCCUCCCAGAUCCUUGGAGGCAUCAGCAAGCAAGCGGCGGAGAGAGCAGGGGAGGUAACCGGGCUGCUCUACCACUGGGCCAGCCUGCAGGUCCAGCUGUGGGAGCUCGGCAAGGCAUGCAGGCAUUCUCGGAUAGCGCAGGUUCACCACGGCACCUCCAUGGUCAUGACGACGAAGGUAGAGGAGACCAAGGCCAGCCAGCCCCCCCCUUCCCUUCAGAAGUGCACAUCGAGCUGUUUGCUUGCCAUCCUGCUAGCGGUGCUUUCCUCCCCCCUCUCCCUCGGAGAUGCAGGCGAGGAUCAAGUGGACCUGACCAGGUUCCCUCCCGUCCCCCUGACAAGGCAUGCUGUCAUCGAGCAGGUAUGGCAGCACCCGGACCAUGAACUCACGAGCGACCCUGCAUUCCCGGAGUACGUCGAGCUCCUCUCUGACCUCGGAGAGCUCAUCGCCGUCCCCGACCGCAGGCAUGACGCCAUCAAACUCAUCAGGUGGGGCAAGGCGCAGUAUCCGCAGUUCUCCUCCCCCAACAACUACCUUGCCGUGUCGCUGAUGCGAUUGGGAGGGGACGAGAACUUGCAAGAAGCGCAGGAGCUGCUCGAGGACGCUGUAGAGUCCUGGAACCUGGACAUGAUGGCUCAGAACAACCUGGGAGUUGUCUGGGAGACCCGGGGGAGGCUCGAAGAUGCGUAUGAGUGCUAUCAGUUCGCAAUCGAGGGGCUGGACCAGGAGUGCUUCCUGCAUUUAUCUUGUAUCAUCAAUGCAAACAAGGUCUUGCUCAACAUGGCCAGGAUGCAUCAGGCGAAGAAGGACUACCGCUCGGCCGCCAGGUUCUACCAGCUCGCAGCGAGACUGUACGAGAGGAUCUCGGGGUGCUCGUACCCUCACAUGCAGGAGCACGUCAGGGGGCGCGGCGCCUUCCGCCCUUGCAAGGACGUUGCCGCAGCCCGGUACUCUCGAUCGCUAGAGCAUCUCAUGACUGCGAUGCUGCACGAGGAGGAAGGGAACAAGUCGAUGUCCGACAAGAGCAGGAGAUCCGCGAGGCGGUACCUCCUCCAGAGCCUCGUCCUGCCGGACUUUUUCUUCGAUCCCCCAAGGCAGAUCCUGACAAGGGAGGACGAGCCCUUAGUGAGGAGGCUGCGAUUCGAGUCGAUCUUUCAGAGGAAGUUCUGGUCCCCCGAAUCGGAGAGUGCUUCCGGCCCAGGCUCGAACGCCGACAUGACAGCGGGCGUUCAAGAGCUUCUCCACGAGGUGAUGACCGACCUUGGCCUCAGCUCCCUGCUGGAUAUAGGAUGCGGGGACUGGUUUUGGAUGAGCAGGACGAACUUGACAGGAGUGAGAUACGUGGGUGUGGACAUCGUGCACGACAUCAUCGCCUCCAACAUCCGCCAUGUGCAGCAGAGGACGAGAGAGUGCGCGGGCGGUGGGAGCAGCCCGGGCGGCGCGUGCUCCUUCCUUCCCCGGUCUGUGCGUUUCGGGCAGGAGGACGCGGUGCAAGGGCUAGAGCCUGCCAUGUGUGAAUACCAGGAGGAGGGGCAGGUGCGGGCGGGAUGCGAGCUAAUCUUUGUGAAAGAAGUCCUAAUCCACCUAACUAUCAAUGACAUCAAGAAGGUUCUUGACAACAUUCAGAAUCUCUCGCUUUCGCUCCAAGGAAACCCGCACUACAGCACGAAGCAAAGAUACCUGCUAGUCACGCACGACUCGACUGUCAAGGUCAACAACGACGAAACCAUCACUUCCUUCUCGCUACCUGGAGGAGGCUGGAGGCCUGUCAACCUCUAUCUCCAGCCAUUUCUCCUGCCCCCGGCGCUGGUAGAGUUCGAGCAAGGGUUCUCCCUGUGGAAGCUUCCCUUCGAGUGA